GCUUUUGUCCUUUGACUACUUUGAUAUGCUGAACAUGAGUGUCAUUUCAUCUCUGAAGAUGACUGUAGUCUGGAUUCUUGUCUCAUAUCUUUGCAUAAUAUCUCCAGCUCAAAGUUUGGAUCUUUCCCGACCAUCAUUUAUCUCAGUAAAGUCUGGUGAACGUGUCACUCUUAACUGCCCAUUUUACUGGAGUCAAAGUUUAUUAAAUCUUGUCAUUUGGUACAAACAAAUAUUUGGAGAGAUGCCACAAAAAGUGGGAGAAGGAUUAGCAUAUAAGGGUGUGAAAAUCAGCCCCGAGUUCAAAACCUCAGGAUAUAAAAUGGAGAAGACUGAUAGCAGCAGUUCUUUGACAAUUUCACAUAUAAAAAAAGAACAUGGAGGACUUUACUACUGUGUACAGUUUAACUGGGGAAAUGUAGCUGUUAAUCUAUCCAGAGGAACUUUCUUGGAUGUAACAGAUGAGAGAGAUAUAAACGUCUCAGUGUUCCAGAGCGGCGUGUCGGACUCGGUUCCUGCAGGAGCGUCAGUGACUCUGCAGUGCUCGGUUCUCUCUGAGAGCAGAUCAGCAGAACUCCAAGUGCUCUGGUUCAGAGCUGCUCCACCACAAUCCCAUCCUCAAAUCAUUUACACUCAUCACAACAGCAGCCAUCAGUGUGAGAGCGGCUCUUCUACACACACCUGUGUGUACAACUUCUCCAAGAACAUCCUCAGCCUCAGUGAUACUGGAACUUACUACUGUGCUGUGGCCGUGUGUGGGAAGAUCAUUUUUGGGAACGGGACACGAGUACAACUGAGUAUAAACACAUUUGUUUAAUUGCUCAGAUUGCUGUUUGUAAAUAUUUAUAACAUUGCUAUAAUCACAGAAAUAUAUAGGUAUUAUUUAAUAUCUACAUGAAACUUUGCAGUAUAUUGUAUAAUGUAGAUAUUCAUAAUGUUCAUUAUUAUUUUUGUGCUACGGUAGAAUCUGUG